AUGGCCGGGAACAACUACGAAGCGGUGGACACUUCGUCGACAACUUCCAAGGGACUUUUCGUGCCGCCCGUUUUGGCGCCGCUCAAUGUACAGGCCAAGGCUUUUGAACUCGUCGCCAAGCAUGAUCCCGUCACUAAAGCGUGAGUGGGUCCCAUUAAUUGCUGGUUUGGGUCAAAAAAUGUGCAACAAAUGUUUAGAAAAAUCCCCUCUUUUCGUGAGAAAGUCUUUACAAACUAUUCCACCGAUGUUUUUUUAAAGCUCGGGCAAAGUCGGAAUGAUGGAUAAUGGCCGCUAAAUGGGAUAGGCUCCAAAAAUGCCGCAGAAAGGCCGCAAAAAGGCAGCAAAGGAAGACCCUUUAUCGAGCCUUCCAUUUUUCUGAGAUUUUAAAGGCUCAAGAAAUGGUGGAAAAAGGGAGAGGCAGCAAAAAUGGUGCAUAAAAGCCGAUAAAAUAUCGCAAAAAGCAAAAAAGAACCUUUGUCGCCCUAAAAGGAACAUUUUUGGAGCCCUUUUCGACCCUUUCCGACUUCUUUUUAGAAUUUUGACAUUUGAAAGUUUUAGAGCUUUUUGGGAAGGCCUGAAUCCCUUAAAAGGACGUUAUUAUCUAAUUUUUAAUGAUUCUUCCUUAAAAAUCAAUAGAAAAUGGAAAAGCCACUUUUCAGAACUCAAUAUACCUACCGUCUCAUUUGGAACAUUCCGACGGACUCAGUUCCAGAAAUAGGCGAACGACUCAAAAACACGCCGCUGAAACUCGUCAGCCCCAGUGCGGGUUCAUUUAUUAAACUGAAAAUAAGAAGGAAAGAACAUUUUGAGAAAACGCAGAAAUGUUGCGAUCCCAAUGCGACGGGCCGUGUCGCGCCAUGCAUUACGCCAAAGAUCUGAACGUUUUGGGAAGGUUUUUUUUUCCGUUUUCUAGGCUCAUGAGCAGGGAAAAAGGCGGCUUUUCGGUGUGGAGUUUUGUCUUAUAGUCUUUUCUUUUGAAUGUCAAGUACAAAAUGAAAUUAUUGGAAAACACUCUGUGGAUGGCUCGCUCUCUGAUUGGUUUUUCGCGUCAUUAGGGGCGGAGCUUGAGCGAAGAAUUGACCUACAAAAUCCAAAAAAACGUUCUUCGUAAAAGCCUUCCACUAUUCGUAUUUUUCCGAAUUUUUUCUAAAAAUAAGAAAAAUUCAGAUGCAAUCAUUUACUCUGUGCGGCUUGUUACGGCCUCGUCGUGAAUGAAGAUGGUUUUUUAUUUUGCUUUUUCUGAUUACGGGCGAAAUCCAAGCGGCCUUUUAAAGGCCCUGAAAGAAGGAAAAGCUUUUUUUUUUCUAAAUGGUUCAACUAAUUUGUUUUUCUAGGCUUCAUAUUCUCACCUUUCAAAGAAUAAGGACCUUUUCGUUUUUUAAUUUUUUUUUUUUAGAACUUCUCAUUUUUAAAGCCUUUUUUGUUUUGCAUAAGAAGGUCCUUCCAACAAAAACUAAUGAAAAGCUGUAAAUUUUUUUUCUUAACCUCAUUUCUAGUGAUUUUUCUCCUUCUGAAUAUGCUCUGAAUUUUUUUCUCUAGGCACUCCCGGCUGUAGCUCGUACCGUUGCUAUUGGAAGUAUAACAUAUCGAAAAAAAGAGGUUUUUCAAUUUUUUUCCCCCAAAUAAUGUUUUUUUCCAGGUUUGCCGAAAACAGCGCGAAAAAAAGCGAGAGAUUUGAAGAUUAAUGGAGUGAAUGACGUCAAGGUAUAAAAAUUAUCGAAAAAUUGUAACAUUGAUUGAUUAAGGAAGCCUCGCUGGCCGAAUCGAAAACUAGCCUCACCAACGAGUCAAAGUCUCAAUCGUUCGUUUUUUUUUUCUCCUGUAGCCCGAUUUGGUCACUUUUUGAACAUGCCAAAAAGAAAUUACCGCAAACGGAUUUUUCAAAUUUUAGCUAUACAAAACUGCAGAAAAAGCGAUGCUAAAAAGCUUUUUUUAAAAGGCUUUGCAGCGAAAAUUGAAAAAUUGGUCCAUUUCGGUAUACCAUUUUUUAUGCAGAAAAUAGGGACAAGAAGGGCAAAGGCUGGUAAAAAAAAAGCGAAAAUCUGAAUUGAAAGUUAAAAAACAAUUAAGUAUGCCUCAUCAAUCGAUAUUCUGUAAAUGAUGAGUUCAAUAAAUAAAAAAAUAGAAUCAAACUAUUUUUCUUUCUAUGUUUUUCCAUUUAUUAAUUAGUUUUGCAUUCCAACGGCAACUGUUUUAUCGGUGGAGCGCAGAAUCUCAUAAAAAACGGUUCCAGAAGUGAUACGAUCUCCCGCUUCAUCGAAUCAAAGUCCCAAAUCUCUGACAUCCGGUGCUCUCCACUGAAUACCUCGCUGAAGCCGAUUCCCUCAGUUCUCAACGACAUUUCCAAGGCCGGGGCAGAUGGCGAAGUCAGUUUUUGAAAGAGUUUCAUUUCAAAGAAAAAAGGCGAAAAAUAAAAAUAGUUAAAACUUAUCUAAGUAACCUAUCGUUCAACAAAAAGUUGAAAAAAAAGAAAAAUGAAUAUUUUCUGUUUUUUGGUUCACAGUUUAUUCACCUUGACUUUAAACGCGGGGGUAAUAUUGUAGUUCAAAAAGACCGUUUUUUUCGCUUGUUCUGAUGUUUUCUUUCUCUGUUAAAGAACAAGUCGUUUUCGGGUCGGUUGCGCCAAAAAAAACAGCCGCUCACGCCUCGAGCCAUUCCAAAUGCGGCCAUGGUCUUUAAAUUAAAAAAGCUCACUUAUAAUUCAACUUUAAAAAAAUAGACGCCGAAAAAAAAUCAAAAAGGUUCAGAUUAAAUUUCAGGAGUUGACCCAAAAAGUUCAAAUUUUGAUUUUUUGUUUUUUCCAGCUCAGCUUUCCCAACAUGACUGAAAUGAUUUUGCUGCGCGUGAUAAUUCUGGAGAAUGGGCCAUACGACACUGUUCAGAGGUAUGCUCAAGUGGUCACUUGAUCGUUUCGCGUUUGAAUUGUCCUUUUGGUCACUCUAGGGAACACUCAAGUUACCACUAGCUUUUCAUUUUUUUAAGGUGGCCUAGGUCCACUUCUACAAGAUUUAGUGCCCCUAUAAGGGGAGGUGUGAUGGUCCCUAGAGGGAAACCUUCCAGUGCCCCUAAGGAUGCCCCUCUAGAGUCCAAUCUGUCGUUCUCAAGUAAUAGGGACUAGGGGAGCCGUUUUCAAAGUUGUCUCUUAAGUGGCUGCUUGGAUCACUCAGACCGCCCUUUUAAGGAGCCACUUGAUAUUUCCUCCGUUUUUGUACAUUACUUAUGAAGCCGAAGAACUUGGUCUCUUAAGGGCUCACUUGGCUCGUGAAGUUCCGGCGUGGCAAACCCUCGCCGCCUCUUUGGACGAGAUUGUCGCCAGCCGAGGAAUGUAAGUUUAUAGUUUCGUGUCGUGAAUUGUAAAUGAGAAUUCAUAGAAUUGAUAAUUAUGAGGCAUAAGAUUAUAAAAAGAAAAUUGUAGAAGCUGAUAAAAAAAAUCAGGUAUUUUUUUUUUUUUUUCUCGCUAGGCGCUUUUAAACCUUUCGGUCUGUUUGGCAAUGUUUUAUGUAGUUUUUAUGGGACAAAUGAUCGGACUUAAAAGUCGCCGACUUGAAACAAGUUGCGCCCAAAGAUUCCGUAAAAAAACCCAAGUUUUUAUUCACUUUUUGGAGGCAACAGCGUUUCCUUUUGCAGCGGAAAAUUUAGGAAAAAAUUAUUUUAAAAGGCUCGAAUAGGGAUUUUUCAGUCGGACAAGAGGAAAACAGAAUCCAGACGUCUAUUUUGUGACCCAAAAGAAAGGGGUCCGAUAUCUGCAGAGCAUCCGAGGCGAAAAGUUGAAAAAGAAGAUUUAUCAUUUCCCACUCAAGUACCACCUUUCCGUUCCGUUUUCAACUCAAAAACGAAUUUUUUAGACAAGGAACUCUGAUUUUUGUCCUCGACGCGAUCGGCCAAAUCCAAAAACGCCAGCGGGAAUCUGCUUGA